GCUAGAGCUUGCUAUCAUAUUGGAUUCUCAUCAGCACAGGGAGGAAGUGCAGAUCCACCUACGGACGAGGAUGGCAAAAUUUGUGGCAAUUUGUUUGAUGAUGGUUGGGUUGAUGUUGGUGGCUUCCAUCGAUGCAAUGCCGGCAUCACCGGAUGCCGAUGCGACGAUUACCAAACAGGAGCAGGAAGUCAACCCGGAUGGAUCCUUUAGCUACGCAUUCGAAACAAGCAACGGCAUUAAAGCAAGCGCCUCCAGUUCCGAUGGAGCAAAAAUUACCGGAGAGUAUUCCUACACCGGGCCGGAUGGGGUUCUCUACGUGGUGCGGUACGUGGCUGAUGAAACUGGAUUCCACCCGGAGGGCACCCACAUUCCGAAGUAAUUGCGGUACGAGCUAGAUUGAUAGUUUUUCAGGUGCAAUUUAGUCAAUUUGAUAGUGAAGUGUUUUUUGAAGUGUAGAUGUAUAAGUACUUUGUGUUUACUGUGACUAAUCCGAAAAAGUUUACGAAUAAACUAAGUCCGAGAAGGGCACUAUAUUUUUGAUUAUUGUCAUCCUGAACAGAAAAUCCUAAAAUCAAAUCACUAGGGGCUUAUUCUAGAAAGAUCUUCCCCACGAUAUUUGGAAACUUGACUAACA